CAACUUGGUCCCUACCUCUACCAUGCCUCCCUCCCUCUUGGGACCCCAGGCCCCUCUAGCUGCGCAGGGCUCCCUGCCAGGUUCCUAUCCGGGGGAGGCCGGGGAAUGGCUGUUUACCUUCUACCUUCUUUAGGGAGCUCUGAGCUCAGUCCCCAGAGGUUCAUGCAUCCUUGACCCCAGGGCCCUAGUGCUCCUCAUUGCAACCUGUGGAACCACUUACAUCUGUGCAGCAAAGGAGGAGAUAUGGAGCCUGGGCCCCGCGAGGGCGAGCGAGGAGGGGAAAGGAAGUUCUGAGAGUGGCAGAUACAGACGGUGUGGUCAGGGACCAGGAGAGCAGGAGGGAGGAGGGGACGGAAACCCAGGGACCCGGAGCGGCUGAGGCCGCCCCGAUCUCCGGCGUGACGCACGACCCGAGAGGACGAGAUCCAGACACACUCGCCACCUGCCCGCCUCCUUCUCUCGGAUGCAAAACCAGGCCGAGGGCGGCGAGCAGGACAACGCAUAUGGCAGCCCUGAGGGGGCGAGCGCGGCGGAAAUCCCCAGCUCCCAAAUCCGUUUCUUCUCCCGGAGAUGAGGAUUCUUCUCUGCCCUACCAUGGUGGUGCACCCUUCCUAAUCCAGCCUCAGAAUGGCACUGCCUCCCAGUCCCCUGGCCAUGGAAUAUGUCAAUGACUUUGACUUGAUGAAGUUUGAGGUAAAGCGGGAGCCCUCAGAGGGGCGAUCUGGCCCCCCGACAGCCUCACUGGGCUCCACCCCCUACAGCUCAGUGCCUCCUUCACCCACCUUCAGUGAGCCAGGCAUGGUGGGGCCCACCGAGGGCACCCGGCCAGGCCUGGAGGAGCUGUACUGGCUGGCCACCCUGCAACAGCAGCUGGGGGCUGGGGAGGCGCUGGGGCUAAGUCCCGAGGAGGCUGUGGAACUGCUGCAGGGUCAGAGCCCAGUCCCUGUUGAAGGGCCCCAUGCCUACUACCCAGGGAGCCCAGAGGAGACAGGAGCCCAGCAUGCCCAGCUGGCCGAGCGGUUUUCCGACGCGGCGCUCGUAUCGAUGUCUGUGCGGGAGCUAAACCGACAGCUGCGGGGCUGCGGGCGCGACGAGGCGCUGCGGCUGAAGCAGAGGCGCCGCACGCUGAAGAACCGCGGAUACGCGCAGGCCUGUCGGUCCAAGCGACUGCAACAGCGGCGGGGGCUGGAGGCGGAGCGCGCCCGCCUGGCCACCCAGCUGGACGCGCUGCGGGCGGAAGUGGCCCGCCUGGCUAGGGAACGCGACCUCUACAAGGCUCGCUGUGAACUGCUGGCCCCGAGUGGCCUGGGGCCAGAGGCCACGCCCACCUCUUCCUCUGAGCCCCUGGCCACCGAGUGGUGGAGUCGGUGGGUGGGCGGUGCGCACCACCCGGGAGGCGGCUGUGCCAUUCACUAGAUGGUUACUGAGCGCCUUCUGGUGCCAGAUACUCCUUUGGAUGACCACACAAGUAUCCCCAAACUUCCUGGACCCUCAAGGCAUGCUCUGAGGUUAGAUACCGGUCACUUCCUGGGAGAGGGGUCCCCUUCCCUCACGCAGGACGUGCACAGAAACCGUUCACCUUCUGCCCCACUCUAUAGGACCAGGUCACUGAAAUCUGCGGGGGUCAGUGCCAGGCUUUCUGUAGGGGGCAGGCCGCAAGGAGGUGUGGACCACGCACAGUGAAUGGGAGGUGAGGGAGUCCUGCUGCUCCCAGAUCAGUUUAGAUUUUAAUUCAAGGCUUUCAACCUGUAGUGCAGUAAGGUGGUAAUUAGCAAUGAAGCUAUGUUUUCAUUCCAGGGCUUGUAACCUCCCCAUUUUAGGACAACUGCAUUUUCAAGAUUUCAAUUCCCGUUUUCAAGACAGACCAGAAACUUGAUUCAAGAGGCUUUUGUCCUAGCCAACCCCAUGGCCUCCAAGGUCUAGAGCAGCAAAGGCUGGAGGAGCUCCAGGGGUGGUAGGUAUGGGCUGGGAGAGGACCCUGAGCAGGAGUCUGAAAACCUGGGUGCUAGUCUCAGCUCUGCCACAGGAUGCCUCUGACAUCUUGAGCAAAUCACUGGCUCCCUGGAUUUUGACGACCUUGUCUAAUGCUCACUUGAUUGGAUGACUUCAGACACCUUUCCAGUUCUGGCCUCUCCAUAGUGUGGAAGCCCCAGGGGUCUCCCCGAGAAUCCCUCAACUCAGCCUCAUUAAAGGGACUUCCUGCUCUGUUCCAGCUUCCUGACUGCAGCCUAGGCCCUGGAUGAGACCAUGCACUGGUUCUGGGUUGCUCCUUCCAUGCGGCCUUGGCCUCCAGAUCUGCAUAGGGUGCCCCUGCUCCCUUCUGCCUCUCUGAGGGCAAAGGUGAGACUCCCCAGCCUGACAAGGAGCUGAGAGAAUGCAGCUUUUGUGAAUUAAACUUGAAGUCUAGGCACAA